GUCCAUGCCUGAGCACACGUGCCCCGCCCACCCUGCCUCUCACGGGUUAGUCCACGCUGACACGGCAUGGAAGAACCGCCCCGGCUCACUCUUUAAAGCUUUUCACAUCAUGUCCCAGAUUAAUAACGAACUCAUCGCGACAACAGACUCGGAAUAACAACAAACGUCGCGUGCUAGCGGUUUCACCACCUCUGUGACCGCAGCGAGCUGCUCUCUCAGCCAAUCAGUGCGCAGCGGAGCUGCGGUUGGCCCCGCCCCUGUUCUCUGUCUGUUCUGGGAGCUGGAACAAUCUUGUUGACAGAGGUGAAGUGGUUCCUGUUGCUGGACCUUCUAUAGCUCCACAAGCAAACUGGCCGAAACGUCGACAGGGUGGCCCUCACCUGCCCGGACAGCACGCAGCGCGACGUCAGAACGUCACACCUGAGUAGCUUGGAGUUAAAGUGAUGACAGAUAAACACGUCCUCCCUUCAUGCUUACUUUCAACAAAGAAGAAGUUAUGGAUCUUUGCGACGGGACGAAGAGGAGAAAGGUAAGCGGCGGUGAGCGGGGCUGCAGGCGCAGCACGGCCGGGAAGAUGAAGCGGGAGCUGGGCAAAGUGCUCCGCUCCCGCACGGUAGAGGACAACAACCACACGGAGCCCAUGCCGGAGGAGGACGACGACGAGGAGGACUGCUUCUCCAUCAGCUUCAUGCGGAGCGACCGGCUGGAGCCCGCCGUGGUGGUGUCCCCCCGUUACAGCCUGUUGCGGGAGGUGGGCCGGGGCAGCUACGGGGUGGUGUACGAGGCUAUAGCUCGGAAAACAGGGGCCAGGGUGGCGGUGAAGAGGCUCCAGUGCGACGCCCCGGAGAACGUAGAGCUGGCUCUGGCCGAGUUCUGGGCCCUGACCAGCCUGGAGAACCGACACCAGAAUGUGGUCCAGCUGGAGGAGUGCGUCCUGCAGAGGAAGGGCCUGGCCCAGAAGAUGAGCCACGGAAACAAGAGGUCCAAACAGUACCUGCGGCUGGUGGAGACGUCACUCAAAGGCGAGCGCAUCCUGGGUUACCCAGAGGAGCCAUGCUACCUGUGGUUCGUCAUGGAGUUCUGCGAGGGCGGGGACCUCAACCAGUACAUCUUGUCCCGCCGACCCGACCCCCAGACCAACAGGAGCUUUAUGCGGCAGUUGACGAGUGCUGUGGCUUUCCUGCACAAGAACAACAUCGUCCACCGCGAUCUGAAGCCGGACAACAUUCUAAUCUCUCAGAAAUCUGGAUCGCCGGUUCUGAAAGUGGCCGACUUUGGCCUCAGUAAAGUCUGCGCUGGCCUGAACUCCAAGAACAGCGAAGAGCACCCUGCAGUGGCGGGCGGCAGAGGCAGCAACCAGAACAACAUUGUCAACAUAAACAAGUUCUGGCUGUCGUCAGCCUGCGGCUCGGACUUCUACAUGGCCCCUGAGGUGUGGGAGGGCCACUACACGGCCAAGGCUGACAUUUUCGCCCUGGGCAUCAUCAUCUGGGCCAUGAUCGAGCGGAUCACUUUUAUCGACGCAGAGUCCAAGCGUGAAUUGCUCGGCACCUACAUACGGCAGGGCACAGAGAUUGUCCCUGUUGGCGAGGCUCUGCUGGAGAACCCCAAGAUGGUUCUCCACAUCCCUCAGAAGGCCAGGAGCUCCAUGUCUGAGGGCGUGAAGAAACUCCUCCAGGACAUGCUCGCAGUCAACCCUCAGGACCGACCAGACGCCCUCCAGCUGGAGGUGCGGAUGGACCAAGUCACGUGUGCUGCGUGACGGCCCCGCCUCUCCUUUUGUAACCCAACCAGUCAAAGAAGGGACCCUUUCUUUCCCAGCUUUGUUUACAACGUGGACGUGGACUUCAAGGGGAAACGGGACUGUGAAGAAUCCACAAUCAUGAUUUGAGCGGGAAGCGACAGUCCCAGAGGUUUGAUGAUUCCAAACCUCUGGGACAGGAAUAUUAUGCAAGUCAGACCACUGUGCACUUCCAGCACCACCCAGCUAGAGUCUCUGUCACCACGGAGGGCGUUUGGCUGGUGGAUGAUGCCAGUGUCUCUGAUGGGACUUGACGACCAGGUUGUUUUAUAUUUGUUGCUUUCAGUUCCCAGCAGCUCCGAUACCUGCUCUUCCUUAACAUUUGUAAUGUACCCAGCUGUGGCACAGGUCACCGUACUGGACUGGACCAGCGUGUGAAGGUCAAAGCAUGGGAACCCCAUCCUUCACAGCCUCGUGCCUUAAAAUGAUUCACAGAAGUGCGAAAGGAUCUUUAAAAUGAUUUGUGGGUCACGACUCUCACACACUCAGACAGAAAUGAGUCUGGAAACACUUUGCCCUGGAGCUUUCUGUCUGCAGAAUUCACCAGUGUAAUAUUUAGAUUUCAGUGACAUCACCUGUUUUUAACACCUCCCCCCAGCUGCAAUAAUGUAAAGUGACAAUGUGAUCUGAUUUGGUGGCCCCAGUGCGGUCACCGUGCUGGAGAACUACUGAAGGUUCUGUAUCAGUGUCACAUGUGUUUUGAAGGAGUACUAUAGAAUCCACACCUUAGAAGUAGCAGCCCUCUGUUCACUCCACACAACCCUGUUGUAACCAAACAGUCUCCAGCAGGAAAACCCAACUGGUUUUUACUGGUAAUGAACAAGUUCCUGUUGAAUCCAAAGAGCACCUGUGGGGCAAAUUGCAUAUACCUGUUUACCACCACUGCAGAGCUUAGUAUUAACAUGUUAGCUAAAUUAACGUACGACAAAGAAACAAUCAUAAUGGUUUGGUGACUUUGUACUGAAUGUUUUUUAUACUGAGGUUGUGUGUGGCGUUUCAGGACUGCUCACAAACUGACAUAACAUUUCUUUAUAGAUUCAUCACUGAGUAAUCUGUCAUGUACAGAGACUGAGCGUUGUUUCUGAUAGGAAUAUGUUUCAUGGGGCUGACGCCGGAGCAGUAUUGAGCCAUCUGCGGCUGGUUUGGGGACUGUCACAGGAGAUUUGAAGAUUUGCCAUCUGGAAAUAAUCCCCAGAGCAGCCAUGGGAUCCCAACUGUCCCUUCCUUCCUUCCGCUCUGUGCUUCAAACUCUUUGCCAUGGCAUGUAACUCUGAACACAUUCAGCCAGUGGUUGGUCGCAGCCGGCUGUCUGUGCUAUGUUUUGUGAAACCUGAUCACUACAUGUGCAAGACACAGAUUCACAGGUGAGGUGGUACUUGAAGCAACUAGAAUUUAAAAAUUACAAAAUUCAAAAACGCACAAGAAUAAUUGAAAGGCGGAAUAAAAAGCAAAUGGAGAGUAGUAAAAGGGUUCCAGACCUAGAAAGCUCUGCUCCACUCUCCAGGAACCAAAACCUCCAGCUGGUUUCACGGCACUGCGUAGCGUUUGUCUUCAGUUCAGCAGUAGUUCAGUUGACUGAGGCGUUUUGUAGUCCUACCUCAUUCUCAGCUCUCAUUAACGACCCCGUCUUAGUUUCUGAAACGAGGGGGCAGUCUGCUGGAGAUAGAUUUUUACCUCAGACUCUCUUCAGCCUUUAACCUCUGUGUGGUGUUUUGCGGUAGCUGCACCUGCUUUUCCCUUUAUAAUGACCACACCUGUUAACCUCUCUCCUAAUGCCUGUCCAGAUUACUAUAAUGUUGUUUGCAUUCAGCAGCUGCAGCUUCUGUAAGGUUAUAUUAUUGUCUGAAGGCCUCGGUGUGUUUCAAACACCAUGACUCAAAUCCAACGUGGUUCUAGCCAUCCAAGGAAGGUUCAAAUCAAGGACAACUGGACUCUGAGAGGCUUUUUCAGUUCUGACUGACUGUCAUGAAGUCCUAGCUUUUCACACAUAGGUUAAAGACUUAGGACCUCUUGCCAGUCAGUCAGAACUGAAGAAGCCUCUCGGAUGAGAGGCGAAACAUCUUUGGGUGUCUUCAAACACGUCCGGCUGCCCUUGAUUGGAACCUUCCUGCUGCCACAGCCUCCAUGUGGCCUCAUCCCACCGGCUCCCAAUCUUUCUCCAGGAAUUCUGUCUUUGCCGUCUGGACACAAUUCAUUCUACAAAAGGGGACUGGCGGUCUUUCCUGAGACAGGACGCUGUCAGACAGGACGUUUCAGACGCUCAUGGGAGCUGUAGUUGUUGGAUGCUAACAGCUGUUUAUGACUUUCUGCUAAAGGAUGCGUGUAGCACAUAGCUAAUCUGUGGUUUAGCCUUUGGGAUAUUGACCGGCUCAGCAGUGUUCAAUGUACGUGUUUUUCUAAGCGUUAAACCUAACUUGCUUCAAAGACUGUAUGUGGCGUUACUGAGGUUGAUAGUUUGAAAGCUAACUGAGGAUCUUCACAGCUAAAUCAUCACUACUAGAAUGCUUCGCCCUGCUGUCGCUGUGUUUUUGUACGAGCCGUUUCAUAUAGCUCUGUUCAGGCUAGCAAUGAUUCCACUUGAACACUUUACACUAUGCAAAAUAUUCCACUGCCUCACUGUAAACACCGUGCAGAGCCACACCGUUCUCAAACAGUUGUGCGUAAUAUCUUGAACGUUCUUGUUUUUUUGUGCAUAUUUUCAGUGUGUAAAGAAAUGUUUCAUAUAUGUAAAAUAAGAACCGUUUUUGUUAAUGAAGCUGACCGGAGCCAUUAGAUGUUUGUGAAAGCAUCGAGUUUUUUUUUGCUGUAAAUAUGUUUGACAACUUUUCUUGGAAUAAAUGAUCAAAACUG